AUGGCCGCGUGUAAAUGGGCUCUAGCGUACAGACAGGUACAGUACAAUACUGCGUCCAUAGAUCGGAGAUCGGAUGAACUGGGGAAGGGGAAACUCUUACAUCGCGCAAAAACUCAUAUCUCAGGCAUAUACAUGCACCUCAAGGGAAGACUGGAGCAAUGGGGUCCACGGCGGGCGAUCCAACCAACCCACUUCUUCUCCGUUGAAGGGAAACGGGGCUCAGUGGACUUGGAACUUUGCUCGAGUUCCAGAGAGGAGGUUCUCAAGGCCUCAGGACGGAGAGAGCGUCGCCGCAAAAAAUCAAAAGACAGAUAG